AUGUCACGGCCUACCUCCGGCAUCAUCUCUCCCCGCGACGUGAGAUCUAGGACACAGAGUAUCUCCAGCGAUCGACCUUCAACAAUUGCCCACAGCCUCAUGUCGCCGCCACUCGCUGUAUCACCCUCAGCGGCCUUCAUCGCCGCCUCGGCCGCUUCUCAGAUCGUUACAAACGACCACGAUAGUCACGCCGAUACCUGGUACGAUCAGCACGGUAUUGAGCCAGCCAGCGACCCUGCGCUCGUCUCGGGAGAAGCGCUACAGCUUGUCAACAAUUUUCUUGAUCAGCUGCUUUUCAACUUCCUCUCCAAAUCCCAAGCUACUACUCUCGCCAACUUACGACCUGCCGUUUCGGAGGUGUUAAAACCCAAGCUAGCGAAAGAUGCCGUCAACAAUGCCGAUGAGGAGCUACGUGAAUACUUGGGCGACGGUGAUGAGGAAGAUUAUGUGCCGCCUACUGGCGACAAAGCGCGUGAAUGGGACCUGGAAUUGGUUUGGAAGCGCACCCGCCUUAGGUGUAUGGUCUACUCUUCCCUGGGCGAUAUGGAGGAGGAAGACGAGGACCUCUACAUGGAACAGGAGAAUCUCGAGCUAGGCGCCAACGAGUCUGUCUCCGACGUUAUUUCACCAGCUGUUGCAAUUUUCCUGACCUCUGUUCUGGAGUAUAUGGGCGAGCUCACCCUUACUGUCGCGGGACAAGCCGCAUACCACAGAUUGCGGGCCAAAUACCAGAAGGAGAUCAAUGAAGGGACCCGAAACCCCGCCGAUGUCGCCGACCGCAUUGUAGUCGAAGAGCAAGACAUGGAGAGGGUAGCUCUCGACCGAACACUCGGGCGAUUGUGGAGGGGCUGGAAGAAGCGGAUACGGUCACCCGUGAUCGAUCUAAAUGGCCGCCCCUUUUCAAGGGCGUCUAAUGGCCAUUUAAGACAAGACAGUGUGUUCACUGAUUCACCCGCUUUAAGUCGGGUCCCAACCCGUGAUGCAGAAUUGGAGACACAAGCUGAAGCUGUUGAUCCAUCCCAAGUUGCGCUUCCUAUUGGACGUAAUGAUGUGGAUGAAAUCGAGAUCCCUGGUCUGGCUUACAAUAGCGAUGAUGAAGACGAGGAAUUGGAGGCAGAGGAGGAAGUUGGAGGGCGCCGACCUAAGAGUUUGUUGAUCCUGCCCCUGGGAAUUAUUCAGGGCCUUCCUACGCCAACCUUGUCGCAACCUAACACUCCCGACUUCGCUGGUCGCAAACGUUCAAACUCGCUUCCAACACCCGGCGCAUCACCAUAUCGUGCUGCUGCUAAGCGAUCGAAGGAGAAGGAGGCUGUACCUGUCGAGACUAGUGUCGUUGGGGAGGAACAAGAGCCUGUCGAAGAAGCCAAGACCGAGCGAAUCAGCAGCGAGGAACCCAGGGAGGUCAAGGAGAUUGAUGGAAGCAAGCCUAAAGACGAGCUUGUUCCGGAACCAGUGGCUCCCAAGAGCAAGCGGCUGUCAAAGAUUAUAACAAGCCGCAUUCAGUCAAGACAGGAGAUCGCAGACGAGGAUCCGACUUACGAGAAGGCAGAGAUCCUGACAUCAGCCCGAGUGUCAGUAGCUGGCAGCUCUUCGCCAGCCCUGUCUGAUACCGGUGGUCCGUUCCCACUCAGGAGAUCAUCAAGUGUGCACUCAGCGCGCAUCAUCGAUGUAGCUGGUCCUAAGAGCCCCAGCGGGUCGCGCUCACCCUCAGCUGAUGCUGCGGACCGUAUCCGCCGGGCGAGUCUGACCAUACCUCCAAGCAGUGGUCUCUCCAAUGGUGUCAGCGCAGUUGAUGUGCAGGCUCAGAACUCCCCUGCAACCUCAACUCGCCCAGGUCCAAAAAGCCGCUCUCCAGUCGAUGCCAUGCGAGGUUCUAUGCCAGGUGCUGCAACAAUCUCUGAGUCUGAUGAGGAGAUGGAUCGAAAUCGAACCAGAGAGCAGAGACCUCACAAGUAUAUUGCUUAUCAGCCUUCCACGCCAACUGUUCCGGAGGCUGCCUCUCCCACCGAGGCGAAACGACCUCAAACUAUUGUUGGAUCCCCACACCACUCACCUGUUCUUCAACGAUCUUCAUCCAGUACCAAGGUGGCAUCCACGCGUCCUGCAAGCACCUCUGAAACCGCCCCUGAGAAGCCUGCCGAAGUUCUACGAAAGCCCUCGGGCUAUUCAAACCGACAUGCUGCACGAAAUGACAAGGUACCUACUUCUCCCACUCACAGUAUUGGCAUGGUAUCCAUAGAGCGAUCAAGGACAAGGGACUCGGACGAAGAUGGAGGCAACGUGCAUACCCCUCGGCCUACUCACACUUCAGGCUCAUCAGCCUCCUCAGGUACAAGCCGACUUAAGGCUGUUCGAACUUCCGAGGACAAUGGAAGCCGUUCAGCCAUGGCCCGUAACUUUGAAGAGCUGAUCCAGAGCAACCAAACCAUCACAUAUACGCUGACGCCUGAGAAUAUGCGCAACAUGGAGCACAAGCAGUCACUCGACAAUUCAGUGUUUAAGGGAUCCAUGAAGAAUGAUGAUUCUCGUGCUCACAACCGUUCCAGGUCUUCUUCUGCGGCAACCGACAUGAAGAGGGCGUCUCCCCAUCACCGGGUUGGCGACGAUAGAAUGAAGCCAUUGCCCUCUCCAAACCCGAACAGACCACGUAUGUCUGCUGCCCCAAGAGACGCUCGGGUUCCUAGCGAAUCUACUGCGGAUUUUGCAGAAUUUAUCAAAUCUACUGGUCCCGCAGGAGACAGCCGUCCUAUGCAACUUCGAAAUGUGAGCAGCCCAGAUACCCCCGGCAAGACCAGCCUCGAUAGUCGUCGUGUUUCAUCGGCAAGCAAUCGGAAUCGAAAUAUGCCCCGUGAUGCUGUGGUCGAGUCCCGUAGUGGCAGCUCGGAUCUAAUCGACUUUAUCCGACAGGGACCCCCAGGCGCAAAUAGCAACCGUAUUCCUCACAAUAUCGCACCUUGGGACACAGCCGGUGCUGAAGAACCAGCAGGUGGUAAGGCCGUCGACGCCAACAUUCCCGAUAUCCGAUACAGCCAGGCUUCGACUCAUGGCACCGAGUCAUCAAUGCCUUCGAUUCACUCAUCUAUCAACUCCAACACGGCCCUUUUGAAGAACAAAGGACAGCCUGCUCCGACGAGUAAGAUGUUUGAUGAAGAUGAUAUGAUGCCUAAACGCAAGACUCGACGUGUCAAGGACCCUUACGCCAUUGACUUUAGCGACGACGAGGAUGACGAGGUCUUGCUUGCAACGCCCAAGCCUCCUGCUAAGAAGGAGGAGAGCUUGGCAGAGUUUCUCAUGAACUAUGAGCCUCCACCGGAGCCUGUCACGACACCGAUCUCACAAAAGAUACCCAAGAAGAAAGCGAGCGCACCGAGCCUGAUCGGGAGAUUCACUCGCAAGGAGAGCAAUCACUCCAACACUGCACCUGCGUCCCCCCAAGGCAACGACACUCGAUCUCUUAGUAGCCGUGCUGGCUUCAGGAAUUAUAUUCCCAUCCAGGUCAACGUCCCAUCUGGAUAUGACAAGUACGGGAUGCCCACUGGUGAGAACUCAUCUCGCCCUUCACAGCCUGCCUCGUCAGCUUCCUCUGGACGUCGUGUUCCCAUGAAGAAGUUUGAGCCUCGAGAUGCAGUAUCGAACGUUUCACGUACCUCGGAUUUGGCAGCAUUUCUGCGAACUUCAGAGCCUCCGCCAGAGCCUGUGAUGGCCCCUCCACCUCCCAAGGAGGAGAGCAGCAGUAGUCUAUCGAAGAUGUUCAGUCGCCGAAAGAAGUAA